GUAAAGGUUGACUUCACAUCACUGAAUAUUAACGCGACCAAGUCGUUUCUCCGCAGUGCAAUUUAACUAAAAAUCCCGGCUGCGCACGAUCAAAUCUUUAUAGUAAAUCUACCUUGAUUAAUCUUUACACAGUGUUCAAAAACUAAAAAAAAAUGCAAAUGUAAUAUCCAUUUAUGCACAUGAAAAUGGAUUGAUUCAUAAUGUCAGAAGGCGGAGGGGCCAUCUCACUUCAAGAGUAUUCUGGAGGAAGUGGGUUAAUAAAUUCCGAAAAAGCGGAGCUUCUAGAAGUCAAGCGCCGGGUGGAUCUGACGGUGGCGGUGAGAUUAAGGAGGGCCGCUAUUGUUGUGUCCUGGCUGUCAGUCCUGUUCGGAUUUACUCAGGGGGUCACGGCUGUAGUUUAUGCUUCAAAACUCAGCAGCGACACAUUAUUCGGUUUUGGACUAAAUGCAAUAUUAGACAGUACAUCUUCCAUUGUGGUAUUAUGGCGAUUUCACAGCAAAGAUCUGUACUCCGAGAGCAGAGAGCAAAAGGCGUGUUUGAUUAUAGCCAUUUUAUUUGUGGUGUCCAGCACAAGUUUACUGAUUAUGACCAUUUUAACAUUGGUCAAAGAAAACAAAGAAAAACAGCUUGUGACAUUGAGUAUACUGUCCCUGGUCAAUGGCUGUUCUAAUCUUGUACUGGGGAUUGUGAAGUGUGGUAUUGGGUACAAACUAGAGAGUAAAUCUCUGAUGAAUGAUAGUGUAAUCACGUUUGUCGGCGCUGUUAUAAGCUUUUCGGCUUUCCUAGCUACAGACCUGUAUGAACACAACUCAUCCCUCUGGUAUAUAGACAAUGUCUUUGGUGUAGGCUGCAGUUUAUUCCUGUACUUAUUUGCUAUUACAUUAUUUUACCAGUUUUGCAGCAGGGGAUCGUCUGUGCAGUCAUGAAUGUUAAUAUAUUUAACAUAUUAAACCGUCCCAAGAACAAGUCAUGUGAACAGUAUUUAGAGAUCAAAGUUGAUCAAAGACAUCUGGUAAUUUGUCAUAAAACUAGUAUUUGUUUUACAUUUAGUAGUGUCUGGCAUGCACUUUUCUUCAACGUUUACAUGCAUAUCAAUCAUGGCUAAAAAACAUAAUUUUAUAUUUCUGUACAUAUCUACAAGUUUAUUCUCUAAAGAUAAACAAUUUAUGUGUAUAUAUGUUACAAAAUUAUGUUUAAAUUUAACAUAAUGUUAAAUGUCAAAACUCAUGGAUAUACAAUGUAUAUCUAUGAUACAGUGUUUGCUUUUAAGAGUGCUUCCAUAUACAUUGUCUUUUCAUUCACAUAACAAUCACUAUCAUAACAAAAAUCAUGCCUGUU